AUGGUCUGGUUUGGAUACUGCGACGACGAACCCGACUCCUUCAUCUCCUUCGACCCAGUCUUCACCAACAACCUCAACAACAACCCUAACCUUGUCUUUGAUUUCGUAUUGGUUUACAGGAAAGCCCCAAAACCAAGCUCAGAUUCAGAUUCAGACGACGAUCUUGAAGACUUCUGCAAUUUAGAAACCCGAAUCGUUCGUCAAACCCACGAGUUCGAUAGAGAGUGGCUCAUCGGUGGUGAUAGGGAGCAGAUAGAAGCCAACAAACACGUGUCCGUGUCUGAUUCGCCGGAGAUUGAGAGAAUACGAGUCGAGAUUGAUACUAUCGUCCCGAGGUUUCCCGAUGAUGACGACGAUUUUGAUCUUGACUUCGAUUGA